CAAAACAAAUCCUGUAGCGUGCACGUGCGUAAUGCUGCUAAUAAUCCAUCAAAAAUGUCGUUAAACAGUGGUCCGGUUGCCCAAACUCGCUCUCCCAUGGACACCAGUGCUCUGUUCCGUAAGCUCACCUGUGGUGUCAAGUUUUCAUCGAAAAACAAUUCGGUGCUCAAGAGAAAGAUUCCGGCUGCAAAGCAGCCCGAGCAACCCACCCUAAUAAAGCUAGAGAUCAAACAAGAGGACGAAUCGACCGACGAGGAUGAUGAUGCAGGCGAGCGGAGGGCAGAGAAAGAUCCGACCUUCCCGCACAGCCCUCUGGUGCUAAGUGAGGAAGAAAUCAAGGAUGAAAUCAAGUCCGAAGAUGAACCCGAGCAAAAGCGCAUAAGAGCAAUGUCUCCGGAGAAGCUGAAACGUUACCAGCAGUAUCAGAUUACCAAGCUGCGCAAAGUUCAUCAGAUUAGACUGAAAAAAUGCACCGUCCCGGUGCCGGAUCCUAUCGAGAGCUUCCAGCAGCUGACACGCACCGAAGGCUAUAAUGUUUCGAAUCAGCUGCUAAAAAACAUUACAGAAUGUGGAUAUAAAGUGCCAACGGCAGUGCAAAUGCAGGCUAUUCCAGUGCUGCUGGAGGGUUACGCAUUGAAUGCUUGCGCUCCUACGGGGUCGGGUAAAACGGCCGCCUUUCUCGUCCCCAUUAUACAUCAUUUGAAGAAACCGAGGAAGUGUGGCUUUCGAGCGCUGAUUGUUUGUCCCACGCGGGAGCUGGCCAAGCAGACCCAGCGGGAAGCGCUGAGGCUUUGCGAGGACAUAAACCUGCGGACGCACGUUAUAACGAAAGUGGACGAAACGAGCACUGAUUACGGGUUGGAGAGUAAGAAGCAUUAUGAUAUUUUGGUGACGACACCGAAUCGGGUUUGCUUCCUGGCGAAUCACAAUCCACCGCUGAUUGAUUUGAGUAACAUCCAGUACGUUGUGGUGGAUGAGGCCGAUAAGCUGUUUGAGGAAUCGAAGAACAGCUUCCGGGAGCAGCUGAAUACUAUCAUGCAGGCUUGUACGAACCCGUGUAAAGUGAUUGCCUUCUUCAGUGCCACUUCGACGCGUGAGGUUUCGGACUGGGCCGGUGCUAACAUGCCCAAUCGGGUUCGGUUUUCGAUUGGUACGGCAAACACGGCGGUUGACUCGGUCGAGCAGGAGUUGCUUUUUGUGGGCAAUGAAAGCGGCAAGUUGCUAGCGUUUCGGGAAAUGGUACACCAGGGACUGAAUCCGCCGGUGCUGGUUUUUGUGCAGAGCAAGGAUCGUGCGCAGCAGCUGUUUACGGAAUUGAUUUACGAUGGGCUGAAUGUGGACGUUAUUCAUGCAGAUAGGAGCCAGAAGGAGCGGGAUAAUGUGGUACGGUCGUUCCGGGAGGGUAAGAUUUGGAUUCUCAUCUGUACGGAACUGAUGAGUCGAGGUAUAGAUUUCAAGGGGGUGAAUGUGGUGGUGAACUUCGAUUUUCCCCCUUCCACUAUUAGCUACGUGCAUAGAGUAGGGCGGACAGGACGCGCCGGACGGCGUGGAAAAGCGAUUACUUACUUUACGAAGGAUGACACCACCAACCUCCGAAGCAUUGCCCAGUUGGUAAAGAAGGCAGGCGGAAACGUUCCAGAGUACAUGCUGAAGCUGAGAAAAAGAUCUCGAAAGGAGAAGCGGAAGCUGGAACAAAAGGCCCCAAAGCGGGCGGCCAUUCGGACGCUACCUGCUUUUGAGAUGCAAGAACGUGCGAAGAAGAAAAAAAUUAUUGCCCGAUCCAAGGCGAAGAAACUCGAAGGGGACAAAAGAAAAGGACACAAGAACCAUCGCGCCGAGGAAACGAAGAUAUAGUUGAUUAAUUUUCGGUAAGAUAAUAAAACUUACAUUGAUUAUA